AUGUCGACAUACUCCGACAACCUCAACAGUGUUCAAGAUGUUCCAACCGAAGAUAUUCUAGAAGCAUUUGGAAGCGAUCCGCAGCCAAAACGAAGGCAGAAAUUUGACUAUAAGAACGGAGAAUGCUUCAUUCAUGAAGAAGAAGUCCCAAAUUACCCAAGACAAAAAAGCCUUCCAUAUGAUUGCAACGCUGGACCAUUACUACAUGAAGCUGAAGCUGCAAGCUCGGCAGUCCUCUCAUUUGAUGCUUAUUCUGAAGAAGACGGCCUAGACGAAGAAAUUCAUAGAAUCAGGUGAAUAUAUUUCAAAACUCUGUUAAUGCAUUCUUCCAGAAUAUUCAAAAUACGCUAUCAUUUGAAUGAUGACACCAUAACUCUCCAUGAGCCAUUUGUGGAUAAUACUGGAUACACUCAUGGCCGAAUUUUCCGACGCCAACGAGUGCCCGCUCCCAAUCGCAUCGGAAAACCAUAUAUCCACUGGAGCGAUUUGAAUGUCGGACAAGAUGUCAACCUUUUCCAAACAAUUUACCGAAUUACGUCGUGCGACGCAUUCACAAGAAAUUAUCUGGAAGAGCAUGGAAUCAAGGUAAACGACAAUGAAGAACUUCCCGAAGAUCCUUGGCUUGUUAAAAGACGGGGAGCACCAAAAACGGCGCCAAAACUUCCAGAUCAUAGAGAAUUUAUUAAUCGUCCUUCUAUGCUAGUGUACCGCUGCUGUUGGCUCGACCAUAAGAAUGACUUUCACGGAUGUCGAAUGAAGCGAAUUUUCAAGCUUUUUGUUUAUUGCAAUGAUCAUACGGUAGCGCUGAUCGAGGAAACGCGAGAAUUUGAGGGGCAACUUUUCCUUAAGCGAAUUCAACUUCCGUUCCCUGUUCAGCCAGAUAUGCCGAAGAGAAAUUAUCGUUGGUGGGAUAUUCGUCCAGGAGUAUGGAUUGAUGUAUUUUGUCGUCCAAUGUUUGUUUUCGAAUGCGCCAAUGAGGAAACAAAGGCUUUCAUUCGGCAACAGUUUGGUGAAACUGAUUUCGCCAAUUAUAGCAGUCAGAUAUUGGAAGAUGGUCCACCUGCAACCAAUUAUUUCAAUUCUCCAUCAGUCCUUACAUUUCGUUGUCAUAUGGUGGAUGCUCCUUCUGUACUCUACGGCCUUCACUUUUUGCUCUUCUAUGAUGUUAAUAGAAGAAUUGUCAAUAUAGUAGAAGAAGGAAAGAAAAGUUGGAUGCAAGGGCGAGUCUUCUUAAAAGAUGUUGAUGCUUCCACGUUCAGCGAAAAUCAGUUUGCUCCAGGCAGAAUCCUUCAGUUCUUCAAAUGGCGCUUCAACUUGGUUCAAGCCGAUCAGGAAACUGACAAAUAUCUCAAAUGGAAAUCGACUCCUCACAACAAAUAA